AAAGUUUUGUUGUGCUCAUCCACUUCCACAGGUUGGGUACAUAAUAGGGUUGGGUGACAGGCAUUCUAUGAAUAUCCUCGUGGAUGAAGUAACAGCAGAGGUGGUGCAUAUUGACCUUGGAGUUGCAUUUGAGCAAGGACUCAUUCUGAAGACCCCUGAACGGGUUCCUUUUCGUCUAACAAGAGAUAUCGUUGAUGGCAUGGGCAUUUGUGGAGUUGAGGGAGUAUUUCGACGUUCGUGUGAGGAGACCCUGUCUGUGAUGAGGGCAAAUAAGGAGUCGCUUCUGACAAUUGUUGAGGUAAGUGAAGAAUGAGCAGGAUCUGUUUUCCCCCUCUUCUUCCCUGAAAAGUUGUGAAAACAAGAAAUAGAAAACCCAUACGCACACAAACAAAAGAAAAGAACAAAG